AUGUCCGAACCAGCAGCCGAUGCGUCCGCCUGGGACCGGUCCGAUGCCCGCUCGCGGCAGCCGCCGAUAGUCAACACCAUCCGCCGCAUCCGCCAGGCAUGCACGAAUUGUCGGUGUUCCGGCGAGCGCCCUCGCUGCAUGAACUGCCGCCGAGUCGAUCGCGUCUGUCACUACGAGCCCUACUCCGCCACGAACCCCCCGAGCUCGACGUCUAGCGCUGGCAAUGGCGCAAAGAGAUCGCCGCCUGCCCCGGGCUCGACCUCGACGCUUUUCCCUCGUGCCGGCGUCGUUGAUCCGGAACUGCUCAACAGGAUCAACACUAUUGAAUCGCAACUUGCCCAGCUCCACAGCCAGGGCUUGUUAGGCUUCCUAAAUGGCGAAAACCGCGGCGCAUCGGGGGCUUUCCCCGACCUGACAGCAGCAUCCCGUAACUACCAGGAUCUCUCGCCAGAUUUCACAGAGCCAUCACCUCCUCAGCAUCAAUUCCAGAACUCUCUCCCCGAUACAACAGAACCCGUUUCCGACAUCUCGAAUGCAAUGAGAUUUACCACCGCCCCGCCUCCCCCAGUCAUGGCUCACCUCAUCGACACCUACUUUCUUCACGUCCAUAACCAGCCAUACUCAUACUUCCACGAGCAGAGCUUCCGAGAGAGGCUCAACUAUGGCCUUGUGCCAAAGUGUCUACUCUUCGCCAUUCUAGCAUCCGCCCUCAAGUUCUCCGAUUCUGACUUUUUCCGUGGCUCGCGACGCGAGGCUACCGAGGCAUAUGCUAGAGAGGCUUGGCUGGCUCUCCUCAAUGACCAUCUUACAGUCGAGAACAACCCCAGCUUACCGGUCGCACAGGCUAGCAACAUUCUCGGAGUGGUGGAUUUCACAUGUGGUCGUACCAGCUCAGGAUGGCUCAAGAUCGGACUUGCUGUCCGCAUUGCGCAAGAUUUGCAGCUCAUGAGGGAGCCGUCAAGCACAUUGACGCCGGUUGAACAGGAAGAGCACCGGCGAGCCUUUUGGUCCAUAUAUCUGCUGGAUAAGCUGGUCUCCGUCGGUCAGAGCCGUCCCCCCGCCAUCUCCGAAGAGGACAUACACGUACAGCUGCCCACCGACGAGGAGACGUUCAGAAGGGGUCUGUGGAAGAAGACGCCGACGCUCCAUCAGCUCAUCAACUGGAAGUCCGAGACGGAAUCGGUCAACAGCACCUUCACUCAAACGAUUCUUGCCGCGACGGCUCUGGGACGAUGCGUUCGGUACGUCUUACACGGGCGCGAGAUUGACGAGAUGCCGCCGUGGGAUCCCAGGUCCGACUUUACGCUACUCAACACCUUCCUGCUGCUCAUUGACCACCACCUUCAAAUCGAGACCACCACGAUCCCCCAAAUCGUGGAGCAACAUCGCAAACCGGACGGCACCCUGGAUUUUCAAUCCCUUGAGCACGUGGUGUUUGCGCGCAUCGUCUUCCACACCACCCACUGCCUCCUUAACCACCCAUUUCUCCUCCGGAUGAGGCUGCAAAAGGGAAACUGCAAGGUGCCGCCAAAGUUCCUGACCCGCUCGUUCGAAGUCAGCUGUUCUCAUGCUCGCGCAAUAUCGUGCGUGGUGGAGGACGCCAUCGCCUCUGGCUGCCACGUACAGUCGUCGUUUUAUGCAUAUGCCUCCAUCCUGGCCGGCGGCAUUCUCUCCUUGGCGAUUCACAUCGACCAAGAAAAGGGACAAGUCACGGACCCGGAGCUGCUCAGCCAUUACCAGAAGGCGAUACAGAUUUUGGAACGGGUGGGGAGGAGAUGGGAUCAUGCUUCGAAAAUGCACCUUCAAUUAAUGCUAUUCGAUGCCAACUAUCACUCUCUCGCGGCGCUUUUAGACUCGACAACGCCCGAGGUCGACCCGAAACUGGAGUCUGCCUUGUGGCUGAUGGUUGACUACGUGGCCAUGUCUGCGCAUAACGACUCAGCACUAACGCCGCCGGCACUUUCGACAGAUACGUUCCUGGGUCCGCUCGAUACUCCGAUGGGACUGGAGAACAACGAUGCCUUCGGGGGCAUGGCGCCCAAUGCGAAUCCCGACCCGAACGUUGGCUUUCUUGGAAAUGGAGUACCUCUGUGA